GCGCCGUUACUGGGGAGUCGCGUAGCCGACGCCGAAUAGCUAGUGCGUGGCCGUGGGCGUCAACGGCCGCAGAGAAGCUACAAACUCCUAACGCAGCGAACCAGACCUCUGGAUCGCCGCCGUCAACAGCGUAGAGUCGGCCGAGGCGCACAGCUGGUUGGACAGCGCUAGCGACAUGGACCGUGAGCCCGGACGCCCUCACGAAGACUCCGGUUACCUCAACCUGGGAGUCGACGAGCUCCAGGAAGAACCCGGUACGAAGCCCACCGAGGUCUCGGGCAUCGCAACAAGUGCCGCCGUCGAGGAGGAGUCGGGAUCAGAACCUGAGCCGGGAGCGGCGGCAGCGGCAGCAGCAGCAGCAGCAGCAGAACAGGGUCAGGUUGGGGCGGGAGCUCCCGACCCCAUGGUCGACGAGAUCCAGAAGGGCGACGGCGAAGAGGAGGAGUUUCCACAGGAGCCGAUGCAGGCGGACGUGGAGGAUCCGCAGCCCUCGGACAGGCAGCCACGCUUCCACCGCUGCUCGUUCCGCCGGCUGCAACUGAAGGAGCUGGAGAGCAUUUUCCAGCGCAGCCAGUACCCCAAUGUGUUCGCUCGGAAGGAUCUUGCGAUUCCAAUCGAUGGGAGCGAAAUCAAAGCGCAGGUCAACAAGCCUGAAAACAACAAUUUGUGAGGGCAGAAAUUAUAAAACCUGCUUCAAGUCUUGGACACUUUCGUCCUAGACAUUCUAAAGUUUGUUUGUUUUUUCUUUUUUUGAUGCCUUUUCCAUGUUUAGCAAAUUAGUUUUGAACUUUGGGGGCUUUGGCAAGUGGAAAUGGGAUAAGUAAACACCAGUUUAUGGAAAUUGCCAAUUAUCAGAAGUAAUGUGAUUUCCUAAAAGAGCAAGAAAAGGAAAUCACUGUUGUUCCUAUUUCCUGUGAAAAAUUAAACAUAAUAAAGUUCAAUUUUCUUUAUUGAA